AAUUCCCAAAGCACAUCACGGGAAGUAGUGUUAGAAUUCGACUCUUGCCAUUUGCAGAUCCGGAAAACUUUCGGUUUAAACCAGUAAAAUAUAGUCAUUAUAAGUUUCUUGGUUUAAAAAAUAUCGCAAUACAAUAAAAUUACAAUAAAAAUUUUUAUUGCGACGUUCGUUUACGAUGAGAGGCACACAAAAUAAAAUGUAAACAAACACCUCGUUUCUGAUUGGUUGAAACAAACUUGCCGCAACCUUUAAAUGUCAUGGCGAAUCUAUGUUUUUCGCCUUAGAUGCCAAUUUUGACAUUUAAGGGUACCACAAAAGUUGCUUUGUUGUAGCAAUUCGCCGAUGCGGUUACCUGUUAGAUCUACCUUGGUUGGGACGUAUUUCAUUUUUUUCAACGCCCUCAUAAUUCGCUCUUCAUCGUUGCGCUGUAGUCUCCAUAAGCUCCAUCCACUCCAUCCAUAUAUAUCAAAGAAUAAAAGUAAUAUAUAAACCCAACCAUUACCAAGCAAGAGUGGAAACAUGAAGUUUGCUCUCAGCUAUGCUUUGAUACUUGCAUGGCUCGCAUAUUUAAUUUCAUCUGGAGUGUAUCUUUUCUCGCGUGGAUUUCUAUUAUCGCGAGUCUCUAAGACAGAUGUCAAUAGCUGCCGGCAUUUGUCCAAAGAUCCAAAUGACGAAUACUUCCUAACGGAUGACGUUGUCGACGAAAUUUUUAAAGAUGUCAAUGCUUCAUCAAAUUUGUGUCUUCCGCAAAAAUCAAAAGUAAUUAUUUUGUUAAUUGAUGCCCUCAAAUAUGACUUUGGAGUCUACAAGGAAAAUGUAACGGAGCCACUACCGUAUGAAAAUAAAUUGGAUGUAUUCAGAGACUUAAUUAGAAAUGAACCGCAGCAUUCUCGGCUCAUGCGAUUUAAAGCUGACCCGCCCACUACAACUCUACAACGCCUGAAGGGGCUAACCACGGGCAGUCUUCCAACAUUUGUUGAUAUUGGGUCUAAUUUCGCUUCUCCUGAAAUAAAUGAGGACAACAUAAUCGAUCAGAUGGUAAAGAAUGGGUUGCCGAUUGUUUUUAUGGGUGAUAGUACCUGGACCGAUCUUUAUCCAAAUCGUUUCAAGCGUUCGUAUUCUUAUCCCAGUUUUGAUAUUUUCGAUUUGGACACAAUUGAUCGUAAAAUCGAAAAGCAGUUGCCAAAGGAAAUUCAAAAAGACGAUUGGCAAGUUCUCAUUGCUCAUUUUUUGGGAGUGGAUCAUUGUGGUCACAAACAUGGACCACUUCACGAAGAAAUGUCUCGGAAACUUACAGAAAUGAAUAACGUUAUAAAAAAUGUGGCAUCUCAAAUGAGUGAUGAUACAACCCUUCUAGUGAUGGGCGACCAUGGCAUGACGAUAUCUGGUGAUCACGGCGGAGACUCUUAUGAUGAAAUCAAUGCCCUUCUAUUUGCCUACUCUAAACAGACAAAAUUUUUAAACGGUGACUAUGGUUCUGACACAGACGUAAUGCAGCAGAUUGAUCUUGUGCCCACACUUGCAACAAUUCUUGGCAUACCAAUACCAUAUUCAAAUUUGGGAUUAAUUAAUUUUAAUAUUGUACCUGAUGUCGCUGUGCCUCAUAUGACAAAAUUACAAACACUGAUCUUACACGUAUGGCAAAAUGCCCAACAAAUCUACACAUACUUUUACAAUUAUGCUGUCGAAAACAAGCGCAGUUUCAAUGUGGAACAAAUGGAUCGCAUGGACACUGAGUUCAUUUUGCUGACACACCGCGUCAAAUCUAUAUAUAAUGAUGCGGCUUUCAAAUCAUUUAUUGGGGAUCUAAACGCACAUCUUCGACAAAUUCUAAGUACAUGUCGCGAAUUAUGGGUCAAAUUCGAUGCAACACAAAUGUCUCAAGGCCUCUUGGUGACAUUUUUUGCUGUGUUUCUGCCAUUUGUGCUUAUAUCUAAUACACCUGCUGGUAAAUUAUCCAAUAUUUUUACUAUCAAGGAGCUGGGUUACACGUAUUUGCUAAACUUGGCCGCUGGGGUUUUCGGUUAUCGUUACUAUAGGAAUUUUUCCUUCAAAACUGAAGAACACGCAGUAAUAUUUUUUACGAAUGUAAUAAGUACGCUCAUACUUGUAUUUCACAUGGCUCAGAAUUGGUACACCAUUGCAAUCAGUUGGUCAAAAGUAAAACGAUUUGCAAAUAUGCCAACACGGGCUAUACUCAUCAUAUUGAUGUCAAUUUGCUACUCAAAUAGUUUUGUCGUAAACGAGGGCCAUGUCCUAUCCUAUUUGCUCGUAUGUGUAAUUAUACUUAUGGCAUAUGAGCUGUUGCAGAAGAGCAUUCGUGUUGACUUUAAAACAAAAUUCAAGCCACAGCAGUUUAUCAAAUCUACAGCCUUUAAGCUUUUAUUGGCAUGUGUUUUGGCUGUAUGUUUAAUACGUUUUGCAACCACAUUUUUCCGCUGCCGAGAAGAACAAGGUAACUGCAUGGACUUUACAACCAACUCUUCAGCAGGAAGCUUCUCCCUAAAAAAACCAUCAAGUGCCAAAUCGUACAUUCUUUCUAUUGUGAUUGUCGUCCUGUACACUACACUGAGUCGGAUCUAUUUACGAUCUUGUGGAAACUUAACUGGUACUUCUGUAAAUAUAUUAAUGGCUCGUUAUGGUCCAACGGUAGCUAGCAUUUGUACAGGUGGUCAUAUUCUCCUAUCCAAUAGCUCUGUAAAGAAUGUCGAUCGCACCCACAUUGACAUGAUGGCCUUGAUAGUAUACGCGUUGCUGGUUGUCCAAGUUAUUGUUGUUACUGUUUCGCCAUUAAUGGUCUACGUCUUGCCACAGAAAAAUAAGUCGACCAUUUCUGUGAGUCGUACAGACAACAUUAUUCCUGAAAUAUUUAAAAAAAUGAAAAGUAUGUAUCAGGGAGAUGAUGCGGAACGGCACAGCGACAUACCCGUCGUCUAUGGUCUGGCAACAAUAUAUUCAUCAGUGCUCAUAUCGUUUGGAACCUUUCUAGCCAUGGUUCUUGUCAUCAUUUUAGAGCCAAAGUCCUGCUCUGGCAUUGUUGUAUGUAUAGCUGUGGGUGCUAUAAUUUUGUCAUUACAUGCGGUCUUGCGGUAUAGAACAGCAGUUAAUUUCGAAACAUGUGUACAACCAACAUUUACCGCCAUUGUUGGUUGGUUUAUACUGGGACAUUUCUGCUUCUUUGCCACAUCCCACCAAACAACAUUGUCGCAGAUAGAUUGGCGUGCCGCAUUCGUUGGUCGCACAACAAGUAUUGGGCAGUCUCAUUUUAUAUCUGGAAUUCUAGUCAUUCUCAAUACAUUCUGUGGGCACAUUCUGUUCUCCUGUAUGUUUGGUUUACUAGCCACCGAGACUUUUUCAAUUUUCGCCUUGUUUCCCACUUUGAUAAAAACAAAUGCAAAUAGGGAUCGGAAGUUGGAUUGCAAUAACACAACAAAAACAGCAUCCGCUACAUAUGAUCGAUCUCUAAGUGAGAUUUCCAACGAAUGCGUUGGGUUCGAUAUGACUCGUGGCGAAUUGGUCCUAUUCGAAAACGAAAAUAUAUUUGUUGGGACCGUUUUUAAGCUCGCCGUUCAACUAUACAUUUUGCAGGGAGCUAAGAUAUUCUGUGCUAUGUUAGCAUGUACCAUACACUGCCGUCAUCUAAUGGUUUGGAAAAUAUUUGCUCCUCGUUUUAUUUAUGAAAGUAUUGCAACAUUUGUAUCAAUGCCAGCAAUUAUUGUAGGAUUUCUACUGAUACUUCGAAUACACAAAGGUGUCGAUGGCUUAAUAUCUAAGAUCAACAAAAACAAAUAAUUAUAAAAGUAUGUCUUAUUGGGCUUUUAAAUUAAGCUGUAAAAUGUAUUUACUAAAAUACGAAAUUAGCUAAUUUUAUUACUUGACAAGAAAAUUUGUUACUAUUAUUUAUAAAGACUUUAUAGUAUUGUUUUACUUAGUUGAUUGUAAUUGCUUUGUUUGUAUGUACCAUGAUAGCAUUUAAGCAUUUUACUUUAUAUCAAUAAAAACCAAAAACGUAUUUUAAAUAAAACGGUUUAUUUUUUCGAAA